UGUUUACAAUUUGACGUGGAAGUGUCUUAUAAAUAAUUCAAUAUACGCGGCGUGCAUUAAGUUCUUUAUAAACAAAUACUAAAAACAGCUAUUAUUGUUUUAAAUAUUUAGUUUAGUCCAUUGUCACUGGUAUUAUUGCAAAGUAAUCACCUGUCAUUUAAUAUAAUUUCUCAGUCGCCUUCUGCUACUAGUCAUACAUGUGUAGGGGUCAUCUAAAGAAGAAUUUACUUGAAACGUAAAUGGAAACUGAUAGAUAAUACUAUUUGGACGUGUAUGCUUGUGAAUAGUUAGCUGUAAAUGACUGUUUCACUUUACGAAAAAAUAGCAUAAUAGCGGUUUUGAGAAAAGUUUAGAGUUUUACUUUAUUUGUAUUGGAGUCUUACAUUUUUUUACCAACUCAUUUUACUGUAUGCAAUAUUUAUACAGAUCAAGUUUGAACGACGUGGUGGCUAUAGUUGUAAAAUAUUUAACAUUGUAAAGUCGUAUUAAGUUAUAACAUAGUAAAUUAGAACUUUAAAAAAAAAUACUUAAAACUUUGCUAGAUUUGUUGGAGAUGUAGUUUUGUUUAGCUGGAGGUCAAACUACCCUUAAAGGUGAAACUGAAUUGCCAUAUAAUACAGACAUCAGAAAAAUAAAUAAUGGGAAGCCAUGAAGUUAGUGAGAGUAGCCCUCUUUUGGGACCCCAAACCAAUGAUAACAGGAGCCCAGUGUCUGUCUUUGAAGGCAGGAGGCUGGCAUGUGCAGCAAUCCUGAUAGCAGAAUCUUUGGAAAGGGUGGCCUUCUAUGGGAUUACCGCAAACCUGGUCCUGUUCCUAAACAUAGAGCCUUUCUUCUGGGAGGGGGCACAAGCCAGCCAAGCCCUACUCAUCUUCAUGGGCGUCACCUACCUUGUGUCGCCCUUUGGUGGCUGGCUCGCUGAUGCCUACCUGGGGAAGUUCUGUACUAUUAUCUGCAGUAUGCUUCUCUAUCUCUUUGGGAUGUUGGCUUUCCCCUUCAUCACAGCAUUGGAGACAAGAAAUGGCCUUUGUGGGGAAGUCCGAGCUUACCCUGUGCAGCCUUCAGAGUGCAUCAACGGCACUAGCAGCAGCAGCAAUGUGACUUGUCCUUACCCCCAGCAGUACUGCAGUCCUGUGAUCUUCAGUGGUCUCGUGAUAAUUGGUAUCGGUGUGGGAUCGGUGAAAUCAAACAUCACCCCCUUUGGAGCUGAUCAGGUGAAGGACAGGGGCCCUGAAGCUACUCGUAGAUUUUUUAACUGGUUUUACUGGUGCAUUAACCUUGGAGCAAUUCUGUCUUUGGGCGGCAUCGCUUAUAUUCAACAGAAUAUAAGCUUCAAUCUGGGCUACAUCAUUCCCACAGUCUGCCUUGGCAUUUCCUUCAUGGUGUUCCUGUGUGGCCGGACUGUCUUCAUCACCAAGCCAGCAAAUGGUAGUGCCUUCACUGACAUGUUUAAGAUUCUUGGCUACUCCUUCUGCUCCAGCCAGCGGCACAAGGAGCCAGCCAGGUUAAGAUAUACUGGACACUUGGCAGAAAUAGGAAAUGAAGUUCAUGAAGUAUGUCUGCCAAAGCCUAAUCUGCUGGAUAAUGCAAAAGAAGCCUAUGGAGGGCGGUUUCCAGAGGAGAAGGUGGAGGAAGUGAAGGCCUUGUUUAAAGUCAUCCCUGUAUUUUUGGCACUCAUACCAUAUUGGACUGUGUAUUUCCAGAUGCAGACCACAUACAUCCUGCAGGGUCUUCACUUACGGAUCCCUGAGAUUUUUAAGAUGAGUGGAGAAGGAAAUAAUUCUACUAGCAUGAAUUCUGUACACAUGCUCCCGUCUGCCUGGCUCACCAUGUUCGAUGCUCUGCUGAUUCUGCUCCUGAUUCCUCUGAAGGAUAAAGUCAUUGACCCCGUUCUGAAGAGGAGGGGCCUGCUCCUGUCGUCUCUGAAGAGGAUUGCAGUGGGAAUGUUCUUUGUCAUGGGGUCUGUUGUGGCUGCAGGGAUUUUGGAAAGUAAAAGACUGGAUGUUGUUUUCAAGAAGGAUACCAUCGAUCAGAUUAUUGGCAAAGAGACGUACCAUGCAGCCAACUUAUCAAUAUGGUGGCAGGUACCACAGUACUUGCUAAUUGGAAUCAGUGAAAUAUUUGCCAGCAUUGCAGGUCUGGAGUUUGCAUACUCCGCUGCACCCAAGUCCAUGCAGAGUGCCAUCAUGGGUCUGUUCUUUUUCUUCUCUGGGAUUGGCUCCUUUGUCGGCUCAGGACUUUUAGCCUUGGUGUCCCUCAAAGCAGUUGGCUGGAUGUCCUGUCAUAAAGAUUUUGGUAACAUCAAUGGCUGUUCUUUGAAUUAUUACUUUUUCUUGCUUGCGGGGAUCCAAGGAGUAACUCUGCUGCUUUUCCUGGUUGUCUCGGUGAAGUAUGACAAGCAGAGAAGCGUGCAGCGGCAAAACACAGUGUCUUAACACAGUGUUUUAAUGACAAAAAUAGAAACUCUUUCAUUGUCUGAAAGGAAAGCUAAGAAACUUGCAGAGCCCCAAUGUUGUUAAAUGCACAGUCCACUUGUAUCUUCAGCCAUAGUUUUAAUACUGACAAAAAAAGUAGGAAAGAUCAGUCUUUGCACAGUGGCACAGCAUUCAGCAUUAAAGUUGUUGAUGGAACAGGAAACCAUGACAGUGGUAUUAAUAAACAUACUUUUUAAAAUAAUAAAAAAAGUAAAUGAAGAAAAAUGUAGAUUUUAUCAAACAGAGAGUAUGUAAACUGUAUAUAGACUACUAGUUAUGUUAUUAGGGUAUCAAAGUGAUGAUUGUGGUAGCAAACUGAGCAGUUAUGGAACAUGCAGUACUUUAUUCAGAAACCUGUUAACGCUUAUUACAGCCACAGUCCAUCAGAAAAUUCAGUUUACAAGUGGGACUCAUGCUUUUAGUAGUAGUUAUUGUAUUGUCUUUUUUUUCCUUUUUGAUGUCAGCAAUGAUAAUGGCUUGCAACAUGGGGUUGCACAGUUUUAAUUCAUCCCUAUCUUGUAUGAAUCAAAAGUAUAUAAUAUGUCUUAGAUGAUUCUGAUGUUCAUGCUUUACUGCAACUAACCUAUCCGAGGAAUACACUGUAAAAAGGUCAGUUACUGAUAUUGAUAACUAGCAGGAUAGCAAAUGUAACUCUUGUAUUUUCAUUUAAUCCUAUUUUUAAAAUCUGUUGCAAUAUUAAAUGUGUUGACCACAAAAUCUACAUGGAAACAGUCCCCAUAGUGUUCUAUAUUUAAUAAUUUCAUGCUAAAAGAAUUUGAACAAGAUGUAUUAUAGAGUUUGUUGUAUAUUUGGCACAGCCUGUUAAUAGUGAGCUGGACAGAACUUCUGUACAGUGUUUUUUACGACUCAAAGCAGACUAACAUGCUUUGAUUUGUUCUUUCAUUUUUGCAAGUUGGAUUUAUUUGUGAAAUAUCACUAAACAUUUUGAGAAGCAUUUUUAAUACCAGCAAAGGUUUGCACAAAAUUAUACUGUAGAAAUCUUAAAAAAAAAAAAAAAAAGUGGUGUUUGGGCUAUAUGCAGGCAAUGUUAUGAUUUUUUUUUUUCUUUGUACCUGUAUAUUGCUUUUUUAAAAAACCUUUCAUAAUGAGCAAAUAAAAAGAUUUCAGAAAA